AUGGAUCCCAACCUACAAUCCGUCGAAUUAGUCUCACACGAUGAAAAAUCGGGCGAGACACGCCAAAUUCACGGCAAUGAGCUUGAGCUAGAAGCAACCUUCGACAUUUUCAAGGGCAACCUCCGUCUGGUGGAAAAAGUUCGCAAUCCAGAAAUCGGGCGCGAGACCCGACACAAAGAAGUUCUUUUCCUCAACCAGUCCAACAGCAGCUUCCUAAACUUGGAAGGAUUGAACGACAAUUCACUUCUCCUGUCCUUCAAGCCAGAUCCCCCCCAUGAAAGUUGA